ACGAAUAUGGGCGAAGUGGAAGACGGGUGUCUUUCGAGCCGGUACGGUACCUGCAUUCCCUUCGCCGACUCCGGCCCGGAGGGGGGAGGAAGGAAGUCUCUUUGGGUAGUCUCGAAAGUAGGAGGGUUUCCAGAGGGAGCGGGCCAAGAAAGACAUGCAAACAAACGGCCUUGUGUGCGGUGCCUAGUGGUGCUCACACACACACACACACACACACGUCCUUUGACGGGCCCGGCCAAGUCACCCUUCGAGGUCUGAUAUCAUAGAAUCCGCACUCCCAUGCCGGUGAAAUCCACCUUACAAAUGUGCCCGCCUCCGCCGGAAUUCCUCUCUCACAUAUCUCUCAUCCUCUCUCGUCUCGCUACCCUGCCUUGACCACCCAUCUGUUAUUUUCCUGCACCCGCGCCGGCAUUCGUUUGCAUUCUUUCUUCCUACCACCCCAACACUCACAGCCGGAUUUUGAGUCAAGAAACCCGCCAGAGAGCACAACACCGCGCGCCGUCUUGUGUGUCUUUGCCCGCCUUCGCCAUGUUGCCCUCUAUGGACCAUGCCCGGUCCUCCGGGCAACAGAAGGAGCAGCAGCGGCUUUCGUCAACGCCCGACCUCUAUGAGGUCAACGGGACGGUGCUGGGGAGCCAGCCGCUCGAUAGAAAACAUCACACAGCACUCGUCGAGACGCACCACCAGUUCAUUUCCCAAACCCCGACGCCGGACCCCUUUGACCAUGUCGGCGGUAGGUCCGACGGCGCAAGACCGCCUCUUGGGCACACAUCAGGUAAUGCCCAACAACAACACCACUAUCAUCAUCAUCAUCAUCAUCACCACAACCGCCCGAGGCCAGAGGCAUCUCUUGCCGGCCAUCAUGACCUAACAGCCAUCUGCUUCAACGGCACCACCGAAUCACCAGCAUCGUGGGUACCCAUCGCAGAGUCUCUGUCCUCGCAUGGAAGCGCCCUCGGGCCUUCUCCUAUGCUGUCGGCAGCGAGCAGCUUCUCGGCGCGGUCUAGCAUACAGAGCCUCCAGCUGCACCGGCCGCAGCCGGUCCGCCACCAGCAGAAUGCCGCCGACGCGGAGAGGCACGGUGCCAUGCCGUCCAGUCUCGGCGUCGAGAUCAACCCCAUUUACGAGUGGCCCGCCUUCCUCGAGUACCGAAGGAAGCAGUCGGAGAAGGGCCCAGACGACAGGAUGGGCCAGAAGUGGCCUAUUGAGCGUGAGCUCGCUUUUAUUGACGCCCUCCUGCUCAUCGCGCCCAUUGGACGCAGGAAGUAUCAGAUGUCGAGCCAGCAGGAUGGCUAUGGCGGGGGUUCAAACGAGCAGUUUGGGCGAAACAUGCUGCUCAGUGAAUACCUAUGGAUACGCUGCUUCCGCCAGAACCUGGCGCCGGGAGUCCCCGAGCCCAUGAGGGAGUGGAAAGAAGAUAAGGACGAGAACGGGAACCUGUACAGGGAUAAGAACGGCAAGCCGAAGCCCAAGGUUCGCCAUCACGAACACUAUUCCCCGCGGAAGAUGGUCUCAAGCCAUCUGCAAGUGAUCAAGGCGUUCUUUAGGAAUCACCCGUCGCUAUAUACGCUGUUCCCGACCCAAGAGAGGCUGCGGGACGGUGAUGAGCCCGAGGGGAUCCAGGCGGAGAAUCUCAAGGCGGACCCGGUGCUGCUGGCUCUCCGCGAGAAGCGCAUGCCGGAGGAGCGGCCAAACUACGCAUACUGGUCCUGGGUGCUUGCGGCAGACCAGCGCGUGCACCUCCGGCCGAGCCAGUGCUGGAUCUGCGUGUCGGCUCGGACGGUGCGCUACGUGCCCGACGAGGCGCGCGGCGGCGGCCAGGCGUACAACACGGUGACGGGCGAGCGGCUGGACCAGGCGCAGUUCCCGCACCUGGGCAAGAACCUCCGGCGAGACGAGUGGCCGCGGGCCGCCACGGGCAUCACGGGCCCGCUGCUGCACGAGUACACCCAGGCCGUCAAGCAGGAGGCCGGCGGCUCGGCCCACGCCAUGAGGCGGGACUGGGCGCACGACUUCCCGUUGCUGCACGGGCCGCUGGACCGGGCGCUGCGCGAGAAGGUAAACGACAUUUUCCACUGCCACGUCGUGCUCGACGUCCACGGCGGCGACCUGCCCGCCGGCUCCGAGCUCAACUCGUGGGUCGAGGUCACCAUCCAGCAGCCCGGCCUGCACAACCACGACUGGAAGGUCCGCACGCUACUCUCGCGGCCCGCCGAGCUCUGCCAGGACGGCGUCGCCGGGGCCGAGGACGACCCUGCUUCGGACAAGGCCUUCACCGAGGUCGUCAACCCGUCCGGCCACGUCCUGAACUGCAAGUUGGCCGGCACCGGCGGCUGCGACUGCGUGCACGGCCGCCAGCGGCCCGAGAUAGACGUCAACCCUCCCGCGCACGAGCUCGCCAUCAUGCUCAAAGAGCUGUCGAGGUACCCUGCCCACGCUUUCACGGGGCUUGUGGGCGACAGCGGUGAGGGCGCGGUGCGCGGAAGCGCCGAAUGGCUAAAGCAGGAGAAGGAGACCGAGAUCAAAAAGAAGAAGAAGAAGGGCAAGCGCCCCAGCGUCGGCAACAGCCGUCAGUCGACCGCGGCCGCCAGCAAGCGGGCCGAAGAGUGCGGCGGCGAGGACGACGCGGACGACGACGACGACACAAACACGGAGAACAAGUUCCGCAAGUACCUGCCCGACGGGCCCGACAGGGACACGCCGACGCAGAUGGCGCUCGCCAAGCGGGUCGCCAUGAUGCAGGAGCUCUGGUCGCAGGAGCAGCCGCGGCCAGGCAUGGCGGGCGGCCAGCCGGCGCCCUGGGUACGCCGCGGCGUCAUACUGUGGACAUUUGCGACGGCAUAUCAGGUCAAGGAGGAGUCGAGCAAGCUGGCCGUCACGAAGCAGGACGGCGCCACGUCCUGGCGGUUCCUCACCCCGAUCGACCCUUACUCGGCCGAGCACCGGUCGCGCGCCAUCCUGACGGGCGAGCAGAUCGCGGCCCGCGCGGCGGCUGCCGCCGCAGCCGAUGAAGGCGGCGCGCUGACGACGACGACGACGCCGGUCCACGGCAUGGGGGCCUCCUCGGCGACGGGCAUGCAUCGUAACCAGAUCAUGUCCCCUGACCCAGGGUUUCAGCAGCAUAUGAACGCAUCCAUGAACGAGAACUUUGCCGUCGCCACGGCCUGGCCCGGCGCCGACGCUUCUUCGGCGGCCGAGCUGGCCAUGGCGGGCCAGCAGCAGCAGCAACAGCACGGCCCUGCCGCCUACGCCCGCCACAGCUACCACCACCACCACCACCACCACCAGCAACAGCGCCGACCACCUCACCACACGGCGCCUUCCUACUACGGCCCCGUCCUCGGAGGCAUGUCAAACGUCGGCGGCGGGCUCACGACGCCGCCCCCGGCCCCGCCGACCCUGGUCUCGUCGUCUUACGGGCACGGCAGCGUAGCGCCCGUCGCGCAGAUACCGCCUUCAUCGCUGGCGCAACUAACCACGUCUAGCAUGGCGCCCAACAUCAGCUUCAUGUCGACCAGCUCGGCCGCCGACAGCGCUGUCGACUCGGCCGUCGAUCCUUUUCUCUCGUCAUCGCUGAGCGGUUACGGCUGGGACGCGGCGCCGCACGGCAUGCCGGCGGCCGAUAUGGACGGCGGCAGCGCGAGCAGCCAGUGGUCAGUCCACGGCGUCGGCGGCGGUGGCACCGCAGCAGCAGCAUCAGUCGUGGGCGGCCCGCACCACCACCCCUCCUCGCCUUGGGACGCGGUGCCCCAACGGUACCAGCAGGCGACGACGCAGCAGCUGCAGCACAGCCAGAGCGUCAACAGGACCGUGAGGCCGCUCAAGCGCGCCCGCCAGGACGACGACGGUGACUCGCAGGGUCUCUACGCCGUCAUGGGCCCGCGGCUGAGCUACCCGAGGCUCGAGAGCUACGCCAGCGUAGCCGACGCCAAGUACGUUGAGGAGCAUGAGGAGGAUUCGCCCGUCUGGCUCAAGAAUGAGUUUGAGAAAUAGGGUCCUUUUUCUGUUUCUGAUCUCUCUCUCUUUCUAUCUCUUUUACACCCUUCUCCUCGCCUUUCUUCUUCCCCCUCUUUGACAUGUCUGAAUACGAAUUUCACGAUCCUGAUUGGUUGGUGGGGGUAACUGGGAUAACGGGGAGUUUGGGCGAGAGCGUACUUUUUCCUUCCCCCUUCCUUUUGGCUUGGCCGGAUUUCGGAUCUCCUUUGAGGCAUUUUCUCCUCGUCCCAGCCCAGGGCAAACACAAAACACAACACGGAAGUCGCAAGACACUGGUUAGACGUUCCGAGGACCAGGGAAUGGCCAGGAUCUGCUUGGCUACCCGGGGCUCGGGGGAUUAGACUCGUUUUAUUCUCUCUCUCUCUCUCUUCUGGUACUUCCUGUUCUGUUCUUUUCUUUUCAUUCUUGGGCUGGGACUUUUAUUCGACAUGAGAUCACGGAGGACAAGAAAAGUAUGCUGAACUGCAAUUCGACGCUUCAGCGAGUAGCUGGUAGGAUAAUGUUGGGAAUAAUUUGUUGGUCUAAAUUGGAAGCCGACCCGUGCACGUCGUAGAACAUGGCGGACCGGGCUUUGUCCUUGCGCCAGCCUC